CAGUAGACCUGGACAGUUGGCUGAAUGACUUGGAAAGGUUGAAAGUGGCUUUCAAGAAAUGCACUGGAGAGAUGGCCGAAAUGGUAGAGAGCAUGGCAGAAAUGAAGACCAGCAUAGCAAAGAAGUAUGAAGUCCAGCGCUUUAGCCCAGGGAAAGUCUCUGGUCCUGUGCCUGGCCAGACUUGCCUUUCUCCUCUUGUGACCUCAGCACCCUGGACCCUGGCUGAAGCCCUACGGGCCCUGCCCUCUCCAGAGGAUGUCCCAAAGCCUCUGACUCCUCCCAGCCCUGUCCCUGUCAUUGUUGCUCCGCCUGCUGUGGAGUACUUACCAUACCACCACAGCCCUCGCCUGGCCCCAAUCACCAACCUGAGCGAGAACGGUAGGAAGCUGCUCCAGAAAAUGUCAGGAGUGGCCCCACAGGUGAGAGGAAAUACAGAAAGCCCUUGCCUGGCCCCCAUCACCAAUACAGGAAGCCCUCGCCUGGCCCCCAUCACCAACCUGAGUGAGAACAGCAGGAAGCUGCUCCAGGAAAUGGCGCAGAAAAUGACAGGAGUGUACCCACAGGUGAGAGGAAACAGGAAGGGGAUAUUGGCCAUAUGUCCUACAGUAUAUCAUAACUCUAGAUAUCGUAGCUCAAGAGUAGAAAAUAGCCAUAAGCUUAUAUUACUUUAUCUCCUUGUCCAAAAUAUUCAGGAAGGGAAGGUCAAAAGGAAAAAGGGCAAGGCAAAAAAGCGAGUGAAGCAAGAGCAGGCUAGUAACAUGAAGCAGGUGGAAAAUGUUGGAGAAAGUAAGGAGGACAAGAAAGAGGAAAAUAAGAGUCUGAGGAAGAGGAAUGCUCGGAACAUGGCGCGGGAUGUGCAGAAUUCCUUCUAUGACAUCGUUGAGGAGGUGGGAGGUCUCACACACACACAGGCUGUGGCUUACAUCAAGAAGCUGAUGACCAAGGGCCGCUACUCUCAGGACGUGUGGAGCUAAGGAAGAUUAAGUUAACGUUACAGCACACCCUCACAACCCCAUAUGUUAACCUAUUUCUUUCGGGUGGAGGGUGAGUGGUAACGGAAAACAGUUUUAAACUGUUUUUGGAGGUAACGUGUCAGCACAUAAUCACUAAAUGGAAAGACGUAUGAAUGAAUGUUUGUUGUACUUAUUGUCUUGUUGUGUAAUCUUACUGACAGCAUUUUGUAGAGACUCGUGCUGAGAGGUAGUGCAAUUCAUUCAAGAUUGGUUGGGAAUGGGCUCAUACUCCAAAUCGACCCCUAACCCCCAGGCCUUUCAUGUACACUGAACAAAAUAUAAACGCAACAUGUAAAGUGUUGGUCCCAUGUUUCAUGAGCUGAAAUAAAAGAUCC